UACCAUUAGAUUUGAUCAGGAAAUGACUUGGAUAUGUACCAACACCACUUGCUGGAACUUCAGCAAAGACUGUUGUAUGCUGACAAGGAAAAUAAAAAAAGAUCACACGAACUGAGCAGUGCCCUAGAUGAAAUUAAACAUAUAUUUGCAAGAAGAAUGAACAUGACAAAAAAUCACACAGGUGAUUUAAAGUGGAAAGAGUUAAACCUCCCCAGAAAACACCCCAUGACUCUUACAAAUAUUUACUACUAUCUCCCUCACCUUCGAGAGUAUGAAGAUGCAAUUUUCCCAAAUGUUAUUUUUGGACAACAGAGAACUGGAGUCUCCCUGGUGAUGGGUAUUCCUACAGUGAAAAGGGAAAAACAAAAUUACCUGAUUGAUACAUUGCAUUCCCUACUGUACCAACUAUCUGAAGAGCAAAAGAAGGACUGCAUAAUAAUCAUCUUUAUAGCAGAGGUGGAUGCAGAGUAUGUUAAGAGUGUUGCAGAAAGUGUUAAAACCAGCUUCCCCAGAGAAGUCCAGUCUGGAGUCCUAGAGGUUAUUUCUCCUCCUGCUUCCUAUUACCCAGAUCUUUCCAACCUGAAGAAAACAUUUGGAGAUUCUGAGGACCGAGUAAGGUGGAGAACUAAACAGAAUUUGGAUUAUAGCUUUUUAAUGCUAUAUGCUCAACCUAAGGGAACAUUUUAUUUACAGCUGGAAGAUGAUAUUAUAGCCAAACCCGAUUUUAUUGAAAGUAUAAAAAGCUUUGCUGCUCAACAGUCCCAAGAUUGGAUGGUUCUCGAGUUCUCACAACUUGGAUUUAUUGGAAAAUUGUUUAAAUCAGAAGACUUACCACUCGUAGUGGAUUUUUUUCUCAUGUUCUAUAAGGAUAAGCCUAUAGACUGGCUUAUAGACCACCUGCUCUGGGUUAAAGUGUGCAAUCCAGAAAAGGAUGCAACACACUGUGAAAAGGAAAAGUCAAAGUUACGUAUCCGUGCUAAGCCAUCUCUCUUUCAGCAUAUGGGAAUUUAUUCAUCAUUGGCUGGGAAGAUACAGAAUUUGAAAGAUAAAGAUUUCGGAAAAAAACUGCUACAUAAAGCACAUAAUAAUCCACCUGCCAAAGUGGACACAAGCCUAAGAAUAUACCAGCAAUACACCUUGGAAAAAGUUUAUAAAGGACAAGAUUGUUUUUGGGCUUUAGCUCCAGUGGCAGGUGACUACAUCAAGUUCACAUUUUUAAAUCCACUAGAAGUAGAAAAGUACUUGUUCAGAAGUGGAAACAUGGAGCACCCUGGUGAUAAACUGUUUAACACUACUGUGGAAGUGUUGCCAGCUGAUGAAACGCUAAGAAAAGAAUUGGUUGAUAAGGGAAGUAAAUUCAACUACCCAGCAACCAAAGACGGAUAUUUAAAAAUAGGGGCUUUUGAAAAUGGCACUGCAGAAGGCAGCAUCAGUCAGUCAAUAGGAAGAAUAGAGGCUAUUCGUUUAUCAGUCACUUCUGAUUCUCCAGUCUGGGCAAUACUGAGUGAGGUACUUAUCAAGACAUCUGAAAACUGAAAAAAAUACAUUUUUGAUGUGUCACUUGUUAUGUAUUUCUUGAAUACAAGGCUGACUUGUAGGCAACGAAAAAAGCCAAACAAACAAACAAAUGAUUGGGUCAAAAUAUCAAUUCCAUACCCAUUUAGUUUUUAAUACCCUCUAUUAGGAAAUAGUUGAGAUAAAUCUUAGGCCUUUAUAUGACAAGGUAUAUGAAAAGAAUGCUAGUAAUUUCUGUAAAAUGUUCUUGAGUAAUAUGUCAUAUAUAAAAAUAUCACCUUAGUUUGGCAACAUUAAAUACAUAUUAUUAUAAACAAUUGAUAAGGUGUUAACAACCUGCCUCAGGGACUAAAGCAUAAAUGUAUAAAAAGUUUCACCAGAAAUAAAAAUACAGACAUUUUUGAAAUAUAUUAAGGACAUGGCAUUCAACUCCAUUAAAAACACUAGUCAAUUUUGUAGGGAAAUUAGAACUGAAGGAAAAGUUGUCAAUAUUAAUUGCAAGUAUUUAAAGUAGUUCACAGGAACAACUUAAUGUUAUGAAAAUUGAUCUCAAAGUUAAUAUCAAUGUGUUUCAGCCUUAAUGUAGCAUAAGUUAUGUUAAAUAUUUUUUUUUAAUGAAAAUUGUCUACAAAUUAUCAUUUGAAUAACUUGAAAU